GGUGGGUAGGUGGGGAUUCCGGACGGGUGGCGAAGUCGCAGUAGCCUCAGCCAGGCUGUGGAGCGGACGGACGCGUCUGGUGCCCCGGGGAGGGGCGCCACCGGGGGAGGAGGAGGAGGAGGUGGAGAGGAAGAGACGCCCUCUCUGCCUGAGACCUCUGGAGGCUCUGACCCCAGGGGCUAGGGGACUGCCAAAUUCCUCCACCUCGGCUGUCUGAAGAGGCCGCGACCCUGGAGGGCCCUGAACCCACUGCACCAGGGGCCCCAGCACCACCCGGGUGGCCUAAAGCGACAGUCUCAGGGACCACCGCAAGGUUUCCUGUUGCCUAGACCACGAGCCCGGGGUCAGAGCCACCACCCUUCCAGCUACCUGCGUCCUCUGCUGCCUCAGGCAUCAGCCCCUGCCCCAGCCCAGGUGACAUGACGGUGCUGUCUACUCCCCGGCCCUCGCGGGUGACCACGCUGAAGCGCACAGCUGUGGUCCUGGCCCUCACGGCCUACGGAGCCCACAAAAUCUACCCCCUGGUGCGGCAGUGCCUGGCUCCGGCCAGGGGCCCCCAGGGGCCGGUCCGGGAGUCGGCACAGGCCGGCGUCAACCGGGUGUUCCUGCAGCGACUCUUGUGGCUUCUGCGGCUGCUCUUCCCCAGGAUCCUGUGCCGGGAGACGGGGCUGCUGGCGCUGCACUCGGCCGCCUUGGUGAGCCGGACUUUCUUGUCGGUGUAUGUGGCCCGCCUGGACGGCCGGCUGGCCCGCUGCAUCGUGCGAAAGGACCCCCGGGCCUUUGGCUGGCAGCUCCUGCAGUGGCUCUUCAUCGCACUCCCUGCCACCUUCGUCAACAGUGCCAUCCGCUACCUGGAGGGCCAGCUGGCCCUGGCGUUCCGCAGCCGUCUGGUGGCCCAUGCCUACAGCCUCUACUUCUCCCAGCAGACCUACUACCGCGUCAGCAACAUGGACGGGCGCCUUCGCAACCCGGACCAGUCCCUGACGGAGGACGUGGUGGCCUUCGCUGCCUCCGUGGCCCACCUCUACUCCAACCUGACCAAGCCACUCCUGGACGUGGCCGUGACCGCCUACACCCUGCUUCGAGCAGCCCGCUCCCGCGGGGCCGGCACGGCCUGGCCCUCGGCCAUCGCUGGCCUCGUGGUGUUCCUCACAGCCAACGUGCUCCGAGCCUUCUCACCCAAGUUUGGGGAGCUGGUGGCAGAGGAGGCGCGGCGGAAGGGGGAGCUGCGCUACAUGCACUCGCGAGUGGUGGCCAACUCGGAGGAGAUUGCCUUCUAUGGGGGCCACGAGGUGGAGCUGGCCCUGCUGCAGCACUCCUACCAGGACCUGGCUUCGCAAAUCAACCUCAUUCUGCUGGAGCGCCUGUGGUACGUCAUGCUGGAGCAGUUCCUCAUGAAAUACGUGUGGAGCGCCUCGGGCCUGCUCAUGGUGGCCGUGCCCAUCAUCACCGCCACGGGCUACUCGGAGUCAGACUCAGAGGUGGCGAAGAAGGCGGCCUUGGAGAUGCGGGAGGAAGAGCUGGUGAGCGAGCGCACGGAGGCCUUCACCAUCGCCCGCAACCUGCUCACGGCGGCCGCCGAUGCCAUCGAGCGCAUCAUGUCGUCCUACAAGGAGGUGACCGAGCUGGCCGGCUACACGGCCCGGGUCCAUGAGAUGUUCCAGGUAUUUGAGGACGUCCAGCACUGCCGGUUCAAGAGGCCCGGGGAGCCGGAGGACGCUCAGGCGGGCUCGGGGGCCGUGGUGAGGUCGGGUGUCCGUGUGGAGGGCCCGCUGCAGAUCCGAGGCCAGGUGGUGGACGUGGAGCACGGGAUCGUCUGCGAGAACAUCCCCAUCAUCACGCCCGCGGGAGAGGUGGUGGUGGCCAGCCUCAACAUCCGGGUCGAGGAGGGCAUGCACCUGCUCAUCACGGGCCCCAACGGCUGCGGCAAGAGCUCCCUGUUCCGCAUCCUGGGCGGCCUGUGGCCCACGUACGGCGGCGUGCUCUACAAGCCCCCGCCUGAGCGCAUGUUCUACAUCCCGCAGAGGCCCUACAUGCCCGUGGGCUCCUUGCGCGACCAGGUGAUCUACCCGGACUCGGUGGAGGACAUGCGAAGGAAGGGCUACUCGGAGCAGCACCUGGAAGCCAUUCUGGACAUCGUGCACCUAAACCACAUCCUGCAGAGGGAAGGAGGUUGGGAGGCCGUGUGUGACUGGAAGGACGUGCUGUCGGGGGGCGAGAAGCAGAGAGUCGGCAUGGCCCGGAUGUUCUACCACAGGCCCAAGUAUGCCCUCCUGGAUGAAUGUACCAGCGCCGUGAGCAUCGAUGUGGAAGGCAAGAUCUUCCAGGCGGCCAAGGAUGCAGGCAUCGCCCUGCUUUCCAUCACCCACCGCCCCUCCCUGUGGAAGUACCACACACACUUGCUCCAGUUCGACGGGGAGGGUGGCUGGAAGUUCGAGAAGCUGGACUCGGCCGCCCGCCUGAGCCUGACCGAGGAGAAGCAGCGGCUGGAGCAGCAGCUGGCGGGCAUCCCCAAGAUGCAGCGGCGCCUCCAGGAGCUCUGCCAGAUCCUGGGCCAAGGCCCGGGUGUCCCCCACGGUGCCGCCACCUGACCCAAGGCCUUGGCUCUUCACCCUUGGCCCCCGCCCCACCGCGAGCCCUCGGAUCACAUGAAGGAAGUGGCACCCCUGCGCACCCAGCCCUGCGCCCAAGCCCCCCCCCCCCACCGCCACCCUGCACGCGCGCCCUGCCCCCCUUCCUGUUCCUCAGGGAGGGGAGCGGGGUCAGAGGCGAGCCCCAGGUCACACCAUGGGUCUGGGCCAGUGCCCUCCUGCGGCUGAGGGCCCUUUACUCCCCCUUCGGUCCCUGGGAGACAUCACGGUCCGGUGUGUCCCUCUGCUGCCAUUGUCCAGGUGGCCCACCGAGAUUUCCGUCCCAUGGGGCGCCCUUCCUGCCAUAAAACUGGCCGGGUGGGACCCUCAAUGAGACGGGGCCCCUCGUCUGUGCCCCCGCUCCCCACCUGUCAUCCCAAAGAGCCCUCUGGAGGGCACUUCCCAGCGAGCGAUGGUAGGAAUGUAACCCCUGACCCUGUGGGUCCCUAGCCUUCUCUCCUACAAGCUAAUUUAUUGGAUUCCUGUUUGUAGCCACCUCCAUCGCCAAUGUGGGCACCCUGCCAGCGGGGGAGGCGGCCUGGGCCGUGGUCCUUCAACGGGGGGCCCACCUCUCGGUCAGCCCCUGGCCACCCCACCAGCCUACACUGCCAACCACACGGGGUGGGUGGGGGCGUGCCAGCCAAGGGGGGAGAUGGACGCCAGUGCUGCCGGGCGUGCGGGCGCCACUGUGCCCAGUUCAGUGCCAAAGAGGGGUCGGCAAGGGAGCUGUCUCUGCAGAGCCAGCCCCCAGCCAAGAGAGAGACCCCGCAGCUGUGCCUUUCGGGCCCUCAGGCCUCGCUCGGGUCGGGGGCCUCCCUCAGUCCCUCAGUAAAAGCCUUCCAUGGAACAUGC